AUUAUCCAAUCCUCUCUCUCCCCACUACUACAAGGACGCGCGCCUCUGUGAAUCCGUAUUUCGCGAAGCUUCUUCCGAUUUGGGGCUCGGACUGUAGAGAGAUUUUCUCACAGGCGAAGAGCAGCGAGAGAGAUCGCGAAAAUGGCGAUGCCGAAGGCGAAGGAGCUCGUGUCCGCCAACCCCGUCGUCGUCUUCAGCAAAACGACCUGUCCCUACUGCGUCAAAGUGAAGGAGCUGUUGUCUCAAUUGGGAGUCAAUUUCAAGGCCAUCGAAUUAAAUCAGGAGAAUGAUGGGAGUGAGAUUCAAUCUGCACUGGCUGAGUGGACUGGACAAAAGACUGUGCCAAAUGUGUUUAUCGGGGGGAAUCAUAUUGGUGGCUGUGAUGCUACAACUGCAAUGCACAAUGAGGGAAAGCUCGUGCCCUUGCUGACUCAGGCAGGAGCUCUCGCUGAAGCUGCUUAAGGAAAAUUUCAGCUACUUGGUUGGUCUGUCCAAUAGUAAAUAAGUGCAAACUAUUGCCAUAUGGUGGUUAAGUGUUGUCUUUUGGCUCAGUUUUAUGCACAUUGACCUGGCCUUGUUCUAGUCGACAGAGUGACCAAUUCAAACUGUGUGUAUUACAGUGAUUGGACAGGUUCUUUAUAGAGGCUGUCUUAAAAUACGGUAGCUUGUAUUGCUCUGCUCAAGGUGCUAAUGGAUAAGUCAUUCUGUUGGAGCUA